AUGGCGUCGUUCGAUCAAGACAAAAAUCAGUUCAAGGUCCUCAUAGCUGGUGGGAGUCUUGUGGGUCUCGGCCUAGCCCUAGCUUUUGAGCGCGCCGGAAUCGAAUAUGAGCUUUUUGAAAGAGGAGACUUUGCAACACAACUGGGCGCCUCUAUCGGAAUCCAUCCGCAUACCAUAAGAAUUCUAGAGCAGCUAGGAGUAUGGGAGGAUAUUGAGAGACAGGUUAUACCUCUGCAAGUUCGAAAACAUUAUGAUGGAAACGGCCAUUGCUUUGAGGACUCACUUGUUCUAGUCGACAUCAAUGAAAUUCUUCAACGUCCCAUUGUCUUCAUGGAGCGAUGCAAAGCAUUGGAGGUGCUGUACAACCAUGUUCAAGACAAAUCGAAGCUCCAUGCUCGAACUGCUGUCGUUGGGUAUGAAGAAACCCCACAGACGGUUAUCGUCACCACCGAAGAUGGCACGCAGCACCACGGUCACAUCCUGAUCGGCGCGGACGGAAUUCAUAGCAAAGUGAGAAAGCUGAUGGCCGACAAAAUCAGCGUGACUGAUCAGGCUCUUGCUAAUGAAAUCAACGAGGCCUUUACAAGCGAGUACGACUGCAUCUUUGCUGUCUCCCGGAACGAUGCUGGGAAGCAGUUCCUACCUGAUGCGAUGGUCCACAACGUGUAUUACGAUAAAUACUCAGCAAUUGCAGCUGCUGGUGUGCCUGGGCUUGUUUUUUGGUUUCUUUUUGUCAAGGACUCCAAAUGCACGAGAACCCCCAACUGCCCGCGAUUCACGGAUGAAGACGCAGAGGCAACAAUCCUGAAAUACGGCAGUUCUCUAGUGGGCCCUGAGUAUACCGUGAAAGAUCUUUGGGAUGCUAGAGUCAAAGGCACAAUGGUACCAUUGGAGGAAGGUGUCAUCAAACAGUGGAGUCACAACCGGGUUGUUCUGAUGGGUGACUCAGUUCAUAAGGCUACAAUCAAUCCUGGUUUAGGUGGUAACCUGGCUUAUGAAGGUAUUGCUCGUUUGACCAACGGUCUCGUGCCUUUACUCAAGGACAACCCCAUGCCAUCCCUUCAGCAGUUGACCGAGGUUUUCAAUCAAUAUAUCGCUGGUCAGGAGCCUCGAGCAAAAACGGUCGUUGAUCUGUCCGGUCAGAUUACGCGCUAUGAAGCCCAAGAUACCUGGGUUCUCAAAUUUGCGGCCCGUCACAUCGUUCCCUGGGUUAGUGACAGGAUUAAGGCUAAGCUGUAUGCUAGUUUCUCGAGGGGAGGGCCUUAUUUGGAAUAUCUUCCAUUACCUGCGAUGGAUGCAGAGCCGGCGAAAUCUGCUAAGAAGCACAGUCGUGGCAUUUUCCCGAAGCAGAUUACAAUAGUCAUGCUCAUUGGCGGCACUGCGGCUAUUUUCUGGGAUCUGUUCAGGUCCAAAGUUUCCACGAACAAGGAGCAUGUUUCUGGGGUAGACGUCUCGGUGCUGAACGCCUAUGGCUACCUAGUAUCGAAGGCUUCAUCAAAGUGCUUCGGACCGCCUCGACUCGACGAAGCGACCAUAAGGUCUAUCGACUUCAACCGCACCUCCAGUCGCAUGCUCCAGGACAUGCGCGAAGAGACCUGGGGCUGGGUCGUCUACCGCACAACCUACUGCUCCGAACCCCUUCCACAAAGCAAUCGAAAUCCUCACUUCGUGGAUUAA